GGGUCUCGAAAAGAAAAGAAAGAAUUUUCCACCUCUUAAAACACAAUUAAGAAGAAAAAGAAGGUCUUAAUGUGCAAAAAUAUUCAUUGUAAAUCAUCAAUAAAAACAAGUUCCCGCUUCUUGCUCGUCAAAGUCUCCGUUCGGACUACUAAUUAACGACGACGGUUUCUAUUCAAAGUCCUUAAAUUUUCUUACAUUUCUCAUUUAUUACCCCCUAAUUUUCACCCCCUUUAAAUUUGUCCAUCUUUCUUUCUAUUCCCAAUUUUAUCGCUUCUCAGAUCUUUAUUGGUAGCUGCCAAAUUUAGGAAUUUAUUGUGGCUGUUAAGCAUUUCCAUGAUAGUAGACUCGCGUCAUGGAAAAAGAAGAUGCUAUUACAGAGGCUGCAGUCAAUGAUACUGCUACUGAAAAGGAAGCAAACAAACCCAUCCUUAGCAAUGAAUCUGUAAAAAAUAAAGUUAUUGAACCGCAGGAGGAAAAUACGGUGAAUGAUCGAAUAGAUGAACAGGAAAAGAAAAUAUCUGCAGAUAAUUCUAUUUUACAUUCCAGUAAUGCCGUGAAGAGUCAGGUUGAUACAAAUAAUGAACCGGAAAAGGAGAAUUCUUUAGGUGAAAACACGUCAAGCUCUUCACUUGCUAAUAAAAAUGAGAUUGAUAAAUCCGACUUAGAUCAAGUUAUCUCCCCAGGGGAAGUAAAAUCAUUGAACAGUGAAAAGAAGGUUGAUUGUGUGAAAGUGGACUUAAAAAGUCUCCGCGAAACUAAGAAGAGUCUUGAAGAAGUUGUUUAUGAGGAGGAAGCAGAACCCGUAUUUGAUGGAACAGAAGAACCUGGGUUGGUUGUUAAUAGGAGUUUAUCAGCCCGUCCUGUACAUCGUGACUCAGAGGCACAGGGAUCUGUUUGGCCUGAUAAGGCAGUGGCUCUUACAAACUUUGUUAGAUCGAAGAGUACAGUUGCAGUGAGUACUGUUCUACGUCGCCUUUCUGGUAGAAGUGAUGAUGGGCAAGAUGUUACUGCUGAAGAAGAUAAGAAGAAUGCCGUUGCAUCACAAGAACGUGAAACACAAGCUUUGUCGGAGAAAACUAUGUGGAAUCCCCUCAGCUUAAUUGGGAUUUUACGUGAUGAUACCGGAAAUAGAACCGAGGAGAAAGAGGUCUCAGCAGAAGCAGUUUUACCAAUAGCCAUGAAGGGAAGGAUUAUAUUGUAUACAAGGUUGGGAUGCCAGGAAAGUAGAAAGGUAAGGCAUUUUCUACACUGGAAAAGACUCGGAUAUGUUGAAGUGAACAUUGAUGUGUAUCCUAGUAGAAAGAUGGAACUGGAGAAAAUUGCUGGUGAUUCUGAUGUUCCUCGAGUAUUCUUUAAUGAAGUUCUAAUUGGUGGAUGGAGUGAUCUAAAGAGCUUGGAUGAGUCUGGAAAGCUCUCGGAGAAGAUUGAAUAUGUAGUUGAUGAAGCUCCAUCAUUUGAAGCUCCUCUACCACCUCUUUCUGGUGAAGAUGAUUUGUCUAGUAGUGGGUCUAUCGAUGAGCUAGCUGUUAUUGUUAAAAAAAUGAAACAGUCUAUUGUUUUAAAAGACCGGUUUUAUAAGCUGCGCAGAUUCACCAACUGUUUCCUGGGAUCAGAAGCUGUGGAUUUCCUGUCAGAAGAUCAGUACUUGGAAAGGGAAGAGGCUGUUGAAUUUGGUAGGAAGCUCGCAAGCAAUCUUUUCCUCCAACAUGUACUUGAUGAAAAUGUGUUUGAAGACGGCAACCAUUUGUAUCGUUUCCUUGAUGAUGAUCCUGUUGUAUCUCAGUGUCAGAACAUACCGAGGGGUUUAACAGAAGUGAAGCCCAAACCCAUUAUAGAAAUUUCAUCUAGAUUGAGAUUUUUGUCUCAUGCAAUCUUUGAAGCUUAUGCAUCAGAAGAUGGAAGGCAUGUUGAUUAUAGAAGUAUCCAUGGCAGCGAGGAAUUUGCAAGGUACUUGAGAAUAACUGAGGAGCUUCAAAGAGUGAACUUGAAAGACAUGCCCAGGGAGGAGAAGCUUUCCUUUUUUGUUAAUCUCUACAACAUGAUGGCCAUUCACGCAAUAUUGGUUUGGGGACAUCCAUCUGGACCAAUGGAGAGGAGAAAAUUGUUUGGAGAGUUCAAAUAUGUAAUUGGUGGGUGCACAUAUUCACUAUCAGCUAUCCAGAAUGGAAUCUUAAGGAGUAAUCAGAGACCACCAUACAAUCUAAUCAAGCCGUUUGGAGUUAAAGACAAGCGUCUUAAGGUAGCUCUUCCUUAUUCGGAGCCACUUAUUCAUUUUGCUCUGGUUAAUGGUACGCGAUCUGGGCCCGCUCUUCGAUGCUAUUCACCUGGAAACAUAGAUAAAGAGUUGGUUGAGGCUGCCCGUGACUUCUUAAGAUUUGGAGGACUUAUUGUUGAUCUUAGUACCAAAGUUGCAUAUGUUAGUAAAAUCUUGAGAUGGUUUAGCGUUGAUUUUGGAAAGAAUGAAGUUGAAGUAUUGAAACAUGCUGCAAAUUACCUGGAGUCAUCGGUAUCUCAAGCUUUGCUAGAGUUGCUCGCCAACAGUCAAUUGAAGGUGGUGUACCAACCUUACGACUGGGGAUUAAAUAACUAGCGCUAGAUUCGACCUCCUUGCUCAGAGUCACUGUCAACUUUGUAUGCUAUUACAAGAAAAUUCACCAUGAUGUUAUAUAAGUAGACUUAACGUUUCUUUGGUCACAACCCAACUUGGCUCUUGUCACUGUAAUUUGAGAAUUUGGUGAAAUUGCCUGACAAAUAGCAAAAGUAAUUUUAGAUUAGCCACAUAGAUAUUAUAUCCGCUGGUUCCCAAUUGAUUUCUCUUUAUCUGU